AUGGGAUCAGAUGUCAAAGAUCGCCAGAUCGGCCGAACCGUGCAAUCGAAGAUCGGAGCCAAAGAGGAAUACGAUGAAACACCAGAUAAGAUCGCGAUGCCAAAGACGGAAUAUAACCUAAUAAAGAUCGCGUCCAGGGAGAAGGAGACGACGGGUGAAGCUCGGGAGCGUGCAAAAUGGCAGUACUAUUAUGGCCAGUUGAAGACGCUGCUCAAGACGGACCCAGUGUUCAAGAUAUUAAGGCCCAAGGUGAUUGGUCCUCUGGAUAAGCCGAUCUCGGUCCCACCUCAUGGGACCAACAAAGUCGACGAGAUCAAUUUGAUUUUGCAGAUGUUGGACGACAUGGGUAUCUGCCCUGACGCUUUUGAUGGAGACGAACUGCUGCGUUGCAGCUUGGAACAGUUGAAGGACGCGGCGAAUGAGUUUGUAGAGAUCAUGAUAAUGCUGGUGGGCAAAGCGAAUACUCCUGAAGACAAGAUCUGGACGCCCUCGGGCUCGCUCCGGGAACACCCCGCGGAUCGCCCCGCUACGCCUCGGAUGACUCCGAGAGCGAGUCAGAUGGAUCCAUCAGCAUUCGUCGGAUGUCUCUAG